AUGGAUGCUAUGAGUCACGCUUUGCGAAAAGUAGCUCGGUCCCCGUUUUCGGACGAAAUCGAGCAGGUCGGAAUGCCAGAUAGGUUUACCCCCCCACCGUUUAAUUGCUACGACGGGAAAACUGAUCCAGUAGAGCACAUCAGUCAUUAUAUUCAGAUGAUGUCUUUGCAUACUCAUAACGAUGCGUUGAUGUGUAAGGUAUUUCCUUCGAGUCUGGGACCAACUGCUUUGAGGUGGUUUAAUGGGUUACGGAAAGGAUUCAUUCGUAGUUUUUCCGAGCUAAUUCAAGAGUUUAGUGUUCGAUUUUUGACCUGUGCUCGAGUACCUCAGCCGAUAGAUGUGCUUUUGUCCAUGAAAAUGAGGGCGGGAGAGACCCUCCGUAGUUAUGCCAGCCAGUAUUGGGAGCUAUACAAUGAGAUAGGUAGGGAUAACGAAAGGGUCGUAGCAAGCACUUUUAUGAUGGGGUUGCCCGAGGAUUCCGAGCUACGAGAGUCGUUGACCAAGAAGCCUGCCGAAAGCAUGAGGUAG